AACUUCGUUUUGUUUUUUUUGUUUGUGUGUGCGUUUGUAAUUCAGGCGGUAGCGUGCUUUUAGUUUUUUCGCGCCGCUUUUUAACUGGAAAAAAAAACGAAAAAGUUAUGUCUCAGCAUCAACCAAACCAGGUAGAAAGCAUCAACCAAAAAUAAACAAAGCAAGCGGAACAAGUCAACAUGAAACAUACUUUGUGUUAUUUAGUUGGUGUUGCUUAAUAUGUGCUGUGAAUAGUUAUUUAAAAAUAAAAUAAAAUUUUGUAUUAAAAAAGCAACAACCAAAAAGGGAAAAUGGAAACAACCGAGACGCAGCAACAAAAAAUCGAGUUGUCGAUUACAAGGGAGGAACCACCAGCAACACAAAUCUGCUUGGUGGGCGAUGCCGGCAGGGAUAUGGAAACGCUGCAGGCAGCCCACUCCUUUGGCAUGCCAGUGAUAAUAUCUGAAACAGGAAUGGAGUUCAUCGAUGGUAGUGGUAUUCCUGAUGGAGCCAAAAGUCGUACGUUCUUCGUCUUGCCAGAUUUCGAAGGCUCCCUAUAUGAGACAUUGAACAGCCAGAAGCAAUGUAUUUUGGGUCCCCCCGCGUUGAAGCAUGCGGCUCAGUUGAAAAUUACCAUUGGGCAGAACACACGACCCAUCUACAAUUAUGCCAUGCAGGGCGUUGUGACCAGCUUCACUGGCAUAAGGAAGCGGGAAGAGUUGACUAAAAUGGUCCAUUUGAUCCACUCAAUGGGCGGGUGUAUUAAAAAGGACUUGAUGAAUACUCGUACAACGCAUUUGAUUUGCAAUCAGAGUGGUGGAGAAAAAUACCAAUACGCAAAGACUUUUCGCUUGGCCGUAGUCAGGUCAGGUUGGGUAUAUGCCGCCUGGGAUGAGCGGAAUACCUUAAAUUUUGAUGCCACAAAAGAAUAUUUUACAAAAUCGCACAAAUUGAAGCCGUUUGAAGGUCAUAAAAUCUGUUUUUUCGGCUUCCCGGCAGAGGAUCAUCAACAUAUGGUGGAUGUUUUGUUGGAGAAUGGUGGAAUGUAUGCCGAAUUGGAUGAUCCGGAGUGCUCUCAUGUGGUGAUACCCGAUAAGGGAGCUGUAUUCACUAACCCCCCACCUUCAUCCCAUUGUAGUAAUACUAAUAAUCAUUUUGAAACCACUACCACAACAACAACAACAACAACAUCAACGACUACUACCCCGACUACGACUCCUCCACAAAUGACUACCACGGACGAAAAACAGGCCGACGAACUGGAAGACAUACAUUUUGACGAACGCUUGUUUUGUGAUAAUAAUGAUGAAGAUGAUGAUGUGCUUCCCGAAUCCGAUGAUGAAUUUAAAGAGGAUGAAACAUACAUUGAACCGCGUAAACCGAAACGCAGAUGCAUUGAGAACGACAUCAACAAUGAUUGUUCCAUUGUUGAUUCCCCCAUUUUUGCUGCAAAACAUAAGGAACAAAAAUUGCUAAGCGUUGGCUCCUCCAUAUCGAGAACCAUAAAACGUUCGGUUAGCUUUGUAUUGGAACCAAAAUCCAAGAAACCAAGACGUAAUAGCACGGUUGUUCAAGAUCUUGACUCGCUGUUUGCGGAAAACCCAAUAAAUUAUAAUAUUAAUAAUAAUAAUACACCCGGUAAAUUGACCUCAUCGAUACAAAAAACCUGGACCGGAUUCCGUAGACGUUUAGCCUCCACAAAUAGUCCAUAUUUGGAUUAUAUGGCUACACCACCAAGACCACCCAGACGAAUGUCUGUCACACCGGAGACACCAUUGAGUCAAAUGAUAACCUCACCGGAACGUCGUGUCUUACGAGGAAGAGGAGCAGCAGCAGCGGCAACAACGGAAGCAGAUGAAGGAGGAUCAGCAGUAGUAGAUGGUGGUGGUAUCGUGACUGGCAACGUCUCGGCAAUUUCAACUCCCAAGACACGUAAACGUCGCCGGGAGAGUCCUCCAUGUAACUCAAAACAGAAUGCAUUAUCUAGUCAAACCCAAAAUGCAGUCGAAUUGAAUAAUCAAACGGUGGUUGAUGAGCAUACAACUACAACGAAACCAGAGCCAAAUAACAAGAGCUCCCAUAUAUUGAAAUCGGAUUGGUUUUGGUACUACAUAAAGGAUGGCUAUGCCAAUGAACGGGACUACUUGUUUGGAGACUAUCUGGAUACCUUUGCAAACACCCCGAAUACAGCUGAUCGUCCUGAAUCGCUGCUAUUUAGCAAUAACAAAAGGAAACGCAAACGAAUUUCACAGCGUCUACAAUUGGAGGGCACUCCAUUGGGGUCCAGCAAGAGACGUUCUUCUGUAUCAGAAGCUGGCCUCUUGUCUGGUUCGAAUAGUUUUUUCGAUUGCACGACCAGUCCGGAUAAAUCGCUGGGUGACAAGCUGUUAAUGCAGGCGGGAGAGGCGGAAGUUGGUGGUGAAUCCUCAACGCCGGCAAAGAAAUCAAUGCGGUUUAAUCAUUUUAUGGAUUUCUUUACCACGGAAUCGAAUUAUGUCGGAAUAUUGGAUACCAUAUUGAAUUUGUUCAAGAACAAACUCGAUGAGUUGGCCGAAACCGAGAACGAUGAAUUGUUAAAUAAAUCUGAAAUCAAAUCGAUAUUCGGCAAUUUCCUACCAAUACAUGAGGUACAUCAAUCAAUGCUUGAAAAAUUACGCGAUAUGCAUUCGAAUUGGCAUGAGGAUUGUCUAAUUGGUGACAUUAUCAUUCAACAUCAAGAUCAAUUGGUCAAGGCCUAUCCUCCCUAUGUGAAUUUCUUUGAGAAAAUGAAAGAGCAACUGCAUCGUUGCGAUCGGGAAUAUCCCCGCUUCCAUGCAUUCCUCAAGAUUAACCAGAUGAAACCGGAAUGCGGUCGCCAGAGCUUGGAGGAUCUCAUGAUUCGACCAGUUCAGCGCUUGCCAAGCAUAAGUCUUCUGCUAAACGACAUCCUAAAACACACCACAGGCUCUAAUGUGGACCAUGCGAGGCUCGAGGAGGCCCUCAAGGCCAUCAAACAGGUUAUGUUACACAUAAACGAGGAUAAACGGCGCACCGAAUCGAGAAUGGCCAUGUUCGAUAUAUUCAACGAUAUCGAAGGUUGCCCAGCGCAUUUGGUUAGCUCCAACAGGAGUUUCAUAUCGAAGUGCGAAGUGAAUGAGUUAUCCGAUUCGCUAAGCGGUCGUGGCGACAGUUUACUAUUAUUCCUUUUCUCCGAUUCCAUUGAGUUGUGCAAGCGGAAAUCAAGAGGUUUCAAUACGGCCAAAUCGCCAAGUACGGCCAAAACGCACAAGCAUAUCAAGUUUAUUUCAUUGAAUACGGUUCAAUUUGUGAUCGAUAUAACGGAUAGCUCGCGUGCAUUUGGCCUCCUGCUACGCGAUGAGAAGGAGAAUCUAUAUGCAUUUAGCAUAACUGACGAGGAAACGGAGAAAUCGGUCUAUGUUAAGAAGUUGUCGAUGCAAAUAGCUGCUCACACAUGUCGGACUGAUGCUAGUAAUAUCUUGCUGUGCCACACUUCCAAGGAACUGCAAGUGGACAUAAGUGAUACAAAUGUCAGUACUUUGAGCAAGGCUUUCAAAUUGGCUGCGAGGACACGCCUUAAGGUCGGUCGAGCGUUCUCCUUCAACAAAACUCCAAACAAAUUGAAACGUGCUGUAUCAACUAUAAUGACGUCGCCAUUUGGCAGCAAUAACUCAUUGACGCCGGCCUCCCAAUUGUCCCAAAUGCGUUUGGCGAGCUGCACUAACAUCAAUGAAGUGGAUGAUGACGAUGAGGAUAUGCGCAGCAAUUCGCCCUCAACGCAAUCGGUGCCGCCGCUUUCAGUGCAGCCCACACGCAAGAAUAAACCAGGCAUUGACCGCAUAUAAAUCCAAUGACUACGAGACUCCAAGGACUCGCCAAUGUAUUCCAUUUUGUGUGUUUUAUAUUCAACGAAACCCAGAAUCUCGCUGCACUACAGCUACACCACACACACACUCGUAAUCACACUCACUUUCGCCCUCACUCUAAUCGUACCACAAACUGAUCGAAGACAAGACGCAUCCUCAAUUGCAAAUUAACACACUUAUUCUUCGUUCUAAGCUAAUGUUUCUGUUUGGCUGAAUUCGUAUUCAGCUUUUUAGGCAAAUGUUGAACCGUUUGCCCCGAUCGCUAUUGAUUAACUGUAUAUAUCACAUGUAGUAGUCUCUCAAUUAUACAUAUUCAUUCAUAUAUUUCUGUACAUAUUUGUAUGUCCCAUUGUAACUAAUCUUAAAUAGUGACUAGAAAACGCAUUCGCUUAUGAUGAUCUAUCGAUCGAUGCGCCGCGAAUCGCUGUGAAUGUUUACUGAGUAAAUUUCUUCUUUUUUUUUUGUAUUUUAAUAUAUAAAAAUAAAUGUAACUUUAAUAUAUAUAUAAAGAAACAACAUUUUAUAUAAACA